AUGCUGGCUGGCCUCGCCGACGCGCCGCGCUGGGCUCUCUACUCUGUGGCCGCAACAAUCCUCUUCACAGCCUUCAUGAUCUACCGCUACCCCUACCGUGAGCGCGUGCUGCACUACCGCAACCUGCCCGGCCCGCCCUCAUCGCACUUCCUCUUCGGCGACUUCCCCAAGGUGCAGUCGCACCCGACCGGGCGUGUAAUGCAGGCCUGGUUCGACGAGUACGGCCCAACAGUCCGUGCCAAGCUUCUCCUUGGUGACAAUCUGAUCGUGACGAGCGACACGACCGCCAUGGCCUUCAUCAUGCAGCACGCCGAUCACUUCAUCAAGCCGCCUGCGCAGACGCGCAUGAUCACGCGCCUCCUCGGCCACGGCUUGCUCAACGUUAACUUCGACACGCACCGGCGGCAGCGCCGCGUCCUCAACCCGGCCUUCCACCCCGAUGCGAUCCGCGACAUGGUCCCCCAUAUGUUCACCAAGGCGUACGAGCUGCGCGACAAGCUUAUGGAGGCGUGCGCCGACCCCGAGUACUACGACCCCGAGACGGCCGCGCCGCGCCCCGAGGACGUCGUGCCCGGCGCUCGCAAGGUCAACAUGAACAAGUACCUCAUCAACACCACUUUUGACGUGAUUGGGCUUGCAGGCUUCGACUACGAGUUCGGCUGCCUUCGAACGGGCAACCACAUCGUCACAACGUUCCGGAACGCCAUGUCUGAGCUGCAGCGGCUCACGCUGUUCGGCGUGCUGCAGCAGAUGAUCCCGGCUCUGGAUGUGAUUCCAUCCAAGCGGAACAAGCUUGCGGAUCAGGCGCGCAUCGGCACGUCAGGCGUGGGCCGCGAGUGUAUUGCGCGCAAGCGCCGCGAGAUGGAGGCCAUGCACCAGGACGACUUGAACAAGGGCACCUUCGUGGGCAAGGACCUGUUGAGCCUCAUGCUCAAGGCCAACAUGGCCAAGGACCUGCUUCCGCGCGACCGCCUCGACGAUACCGAGAUGGCGUACCAGGUCUCGACUUUCAUCCUCGCAGGCUCUGAGACCACGUCCAACAGCCUCACGUGGACGCUGUACCGCCUCGCAAUGAACCCCGACGUGCAGCAGCGCCUGCGCGAGGAGCUGGACACGCUCGCGUCCGACGAGCCGAGCCUCGAGCAGCUCAACACGCUGCCCUACCUCGAGAACGUGAUCCACGAGUCGCUGCGCCUCGACCCUCCGGUUCCCGAGUCGAUGCGCAUGGUCACGCAAGACGUCAUGCUUCCGCUCCACACACCUGUCAAGGGGCGCGACGGCACAAUGAUCGACUCUGUCCCCAUGAAGAAGGGCGACAUGAUCAUCACGGGAUACAUGCAAGUCAACCACAACAAGGAGAUCUGGGGAGCCGACGCCGACCGCUUCAACCCCGACCGCUUCGACCGUCCGGGCAUUCCGGCACGCAAGGCGCCCGGCACAUGGGGCAACAUUACGAGCUUCAACGGCGGCAACCGCAACUGCAUCGGGUACCGUUUUGCGCUGGCGGAGAUCAAGGCCAUCUUGUUCGUACUGCUCCGCCACUUCCAGUUCGAGAUGCUGCCCAGCUCCCCAACCAUCACAGCCAAAAACUUCAUCAUCAUGCUUCCUUGGGUCGUGGGCGAGGAGAAUGUCGGCAGCCAGAUGCCCCUCAUGGUCCGUCCGAUUGUCGAGUAG